AAGGCUCACGAAUUUCUUUACAAAUUUUUCUUGUCGUGCGUUCGGUUCGUAUCGCCGCGAGUUUGUCUCAAAUUCAAUUGAAAUUUGCAAAAAAUUAUUCAAGUUCCUGUUUUGUUGACUUUAAGUGAAAUCCAAGCACCAAGGUUGACAAUAAUAAAAAAAAAACGAUGUCUACAGAAAAAGUUCUCAACGGUAGCGGAAAUCCUUCCGCGGAAAAUCAACAAAGUAGACCCAGCGUGACUCCGGCCAAGGUUUCAGUGGUCUUGGGAGCACAAUGGGGCGAUGAGGGUAAAGGAAAAGUUGUCGACAUGUUGGCCACUGAAGUUGAUGUUGUUUGUCGGUGUCAGGGUGGAAACAACGCUGGACACACUGUCGUCGCUAAUGGGACAGAAUUCGAUUUUCAUCUAUUACCAAGUGGCGUUGUAAAUGAAAAAUGUAUUUCCGUCAUCGGUAAUGGGGUUGUUAUUCAUUUGCCAAGCUUGUUCGAGGAGCUUCGUAAGAACGAGGAAAAGGGUUUGCAUAAGUUGCAACACCGUUUGAUCAUUUCCGAUCGUGCACAUUUGGUAUUUGACUUCCAUCAACAUGUCGAUGGUAUGCAGGAAGCCGAAAAGGGCGGAAAAUCCCUUGGAACAACCAAGAAGGGUAUUGGUCCAGCCUACUCUAGCAAAGCCACACGCAAUGGCAUCCGAGUAGGUGAUUUGUUAAGUGACUUUAACUUAUUCGCUGAGAAAUUUAAUUCAAUUGUGGCGACACACGUGCGUCUGUUCCCCACAAUAUGCGUUGAUGUCGAGGCCGAAUUGAAAAGGUAUAGAGAAUACGCUGAUAUGGUGCGGCCAUAUGUUAAAGACACAGUAUGCUUCCUACACACAGCCCUGCGCCAGGGUAAGACCAUCUUGGUUGAGGGCGCCAAUGCAGCUAUGUUGGACAUUGAUUUUGGUACAUAUCCCUAUGUAACUAGCAGUAAUUGCAGUAUUGGUGGUGUGCUAACUGGUUUGGGAUUGCCACCACAAGCGAUUGGAGAUGUUAUUGGAGUUGUUAAGGCCUAUACAACUCGUGUAGGGGAUGGACCAUUCCCAACAGAGCAAUUGAAUGAGUAUGGUGACCUCCUCCAGACUAGAGGCUUUGAAGUUGGUGUAACCACAAAGAGGAAACGUCGUUGUGGUUGGUUGGAUAUUGGCUUGUUAAAAUACACCUCGUUGGUGAAUGGCUACACAUGCAUUUGCUUAACAAAAUUGGAUAUUCUUGAUACAUUUAAGGACAUUCAAGUUGGCAUUGGUUACAAAAUCGAUGGAAAAGAUCUUGAUCAUUUCCCGGGUACAAUUUCUGAACUAGAAAAAGCUGAAGUAAUUUACACAACUCUUCCGGGUUGGAAUUCCUGCACUGAGAACAUUCGCGAAUUCAAAGAACUACCAAAGAAUGCACAAGAUUACGUACGAUUCAUUGAAGCCCAACUGGAUGUUCCAGUCCGAUGGGUUGGUGUUGGAAAAGGACGUGAAUCGAUUAUCAAUGUUGAUUAGUAGUUUAUUAAUAUUGUAUUUUACUUAAUAUUACCACUUCCUUGUCCCUUUAAUCAACAAACUUAAACCAUAGUAAUGUAAGUAAAUUUCAGGUAAACCCCUUCGCAAAAUUGGGGGAAGAUACACAUUUUUUUCUAAGCCUCUCAUUCUCAAUGCAUAAUAUUAAAUUAAAUUGAGAAGUGAAGCCCACAUACAUAAAUGUACACAUAUUUUAGAAAAUAUUUUCUUUUUCAGUUUAUUUUAUUUUUCACAAAAAAAAACAUACAAUAUAUAUUUAUCAGUAUACAUAGACAAAUAUACAAAGAAAAAGCUUUUUUUUAAUAUUUCAAAGAAACAUGAUAUAAUUUUUGAUGCCUUAUUGUCUGACGAUACACAGAAAACAUAAUUUUUAAAAACUGUUUGAAAAAUGUUAACAAUUAAAAUUUUAACAAAAUUGUACUUAAUUAUAAAAAAAAAAACAUAAAUAAAAAUAAAAACAAGUUAGCAAGGAAAAAAGUUGCGUUUUGUUCCAAUUGUAGCGGUUCGCUUGUUCGCACAAAGAAAAAUUAAAUCAAAAAUCACCCGUUAAUUUGUAAAACGCUUAAAUAAUUAAUUGGUAAUUGAAAGCUAGAUAAGCUUGCAUUGUGCUUGCAUUCAUUCUAAAUAAAGUUACAGUUGAAAAAAGAUUGUUUUU